CUUUUCCCUCUCGACAUCUUCACUUACCAGCUGAACUCCAGAUCGAAACAUCCCUCCCUACUGUUUUUCGUUGCACGGUAGACGAAAAUGGCUUCCACUGCCCAGCCAGCUUCAUCUCUCAAGAGAAGGGAUGUUCCGGUCACCAGAGAAGGGGAUCAACUCACCAUAAUUCCUUUAGGUGCCGGAAGCGAAGUGGGGCGUUCCUGCUGCUACAUGACUUUCAAGGGGAAGACUGUUUUGUUUGAUUGUGGGAUUCAUCCAGCCUACUCGGGAAUGUCUGCUUUGCCCUACUUCGAUGAGAUUGAUCCUUCCACUAUUGACGUGCUUCUAAUCACUCACUUUCACUUGGAUCAUGCUGCAUCAUUGCCUUAUUUUCUGGAGAAGACUACAUUCAGAGGCAAAGUUUUCAUGACUCAUCCCACAAAGGCCAUCUACAAACUGCUUCUGACGGAUUACGUGAAAGUGAGCAAAGUUUCCAUUGAAGACAUGUUGUUUGACGAACAAGACAUAAACAACUCCAUGGAUAGAAUUGAGGUCAUUGACUACCAUCAAACAAAAGAAGUGAAUGGAAUCAAGUUCUGGUGCUACACUGCUGGCCAUGUUCUCGGUGCUGCCAUGUUCAUGGUUGACAUUGCUGGUGUUCGUGUGCUCUAUACUGGUGACUACUCACGUGAGGAGGAUAGGCAUCUUCAAGCUGCUGAAAUGCCAGAGUUCUCCCCUGAUAUAUGCAUAAUCGAGUCCACCUAUGGAGUCCAGCUUCAUCAGCCUCGACAUGUAAGGGAGAAGCGCUUCACCGAUGUCAUCCACACGACCGUCUCUCAAGGUGGCCGUGUUCUUAUCCCUGCAUUCGCACUUGGUCGUGCUCAGGAACUGCUAUUGAUUCUUGACGAGUACUGGAGUACCCACAAGGAGCUCCAGAACAUCCCGAUAUACUAUGCAUCCCCUCUUGCCAGAAAGUGUAUGAGUGUUUAUCAGACAUACAUACUUGCCAUGAACGAGAGGAUUCGGAAUCAGUUUGCACACUCGAACCCCUUCCAGUUCAAGUUCAUACAAAACUUGAACAGCAUUGAUGAUUUCAACGAUACUGGGCCAUGUGUAGUUAUGGCCAGCCCUGGCGGGCUGCAGAGUGGACUGUCCAGGCAGUUGUUCGAUAUGUGGUGUGCUGAUAAGAAGAAUUCUUGUGUCAUACCGGGAUACGUUGUUGAAGGAACACUUGCUAAGACCAUCAUCAAUGAACCGAAGGAAGUCACCCUCAUGAAUGGACUAAUGGCCCCACUCAACAUGCAAGUUCACUACAUUUCGUUCUCAGCCCAUGCUGACUACGCCCAGACAAGUGCCUUCCUGAAAGAACUCAGACCUCCCAACAUAGUUCUGGUCCAUGGAGAAGCCAAUGAGAUGGGAAGGCUGAAACAGAAGCUGAUCACGGAGUUUGCUGCUGAUGGCAAUACCAAAGUCUUAACCCCCAAAAACUGUCAGUCGGUCGAAAUGAUGUUCAACUCCGAGAAAAUGGCGAAAACCAUAGGGAAACUGGCUGAGAAGACACCCGAAGUCGGUGAAACAGUCAGUGGGAUACUUGUGAAAAAAGGCUUCACAUAUCAAAUCAUGGCACCUGAAGAUCUACAUGUGUUUUCACAGCUCUCAACAGCAAACAUUACUCAGAGGAUCACCAUUCCAUUCAGUGGUGCAUUUGGUGUGAUAAAGCACCGUCUCGAGCAGAUAUACGAGAGCGUGGAAUCGGGCACUGAUGAGGAGUCUGGUGUGCCCACAUUGCUAGUGCACAAGCUUGUCACUGUUAAGCAGGACUCCGAGAAGCACAUCUCCAUGCACUGGGCUGCUGAUCCAGUGAGCGACAUGGUGUCAGACUCGGUGGUGGCUUUGGUUCUGAACAUCUCCCGUGAGCUCCCCAAGGUGGUGAUUGAAUCGGAGGCAAGUAAGACGGAGGAAGAGAACGAGAAGAGAGCGGAGAAGGUGAUCUAUGCUCUGCUGGUUUCAAUGUUUGGGGACGUGAAGCGAGACGAGAAUGGGAAGCUGGUGAUAAGUGUUGACGGGAAUGUGGCAAAGCUUGACAAGCAGAAUGGGGAUGUGGAGAGUGAGCAUGAAGGGCUGAAAGAGAAAGUGAGGACUGCGUUCAGAAGAAUCCAGACUGCUGUUAAGCCAAUCCCUCCCUUUGCUUCUUGACUGAUUUCGUAGCGUAGCAUGUAAAGGCAUUCUCCUGACUUUCCCAUUGUGUUCUGAGUCCUGAUUUUUGUAUAGCUUUAGAACAGGAUGAGAUUUUUGGGUGAUAGAGGAAGUGUUUUCCUUUUGGCUAAUUAGUUGCAGCUUGCUUUUUGUUAAUUUAGACUUUGGUCAGCUUAAUGUUUGUUGUUUAGUUGCAGGUUCUGAUUUGACUUGAUGCAACUUACCAUGUGCACACAAUAAUGUCCC